GUACCACUGAAUGCACAAGUUUAUGAACUUUUAACUUUCUUCAUGGACUGGAUUUCUGAUCACUAUCUGAGCAAAUUGAAUAAAGAAGAAUCUGGAAUGGAUGGCGAAAAACCGAUAAUCAUAUUUGCUUCUGAGGGAACUGAUAUUCAGGAAAAGUGUGUAAAGCUUUUGCCAGUGAUCACAGAGCAGCUACAAUGGAUGCCAUUUAUAAGCAUCAAACUUCAUGAACCAUUUAUAAAAUUUAUAUAUUGGUGUCUAAGGCAUUUAGACGCUGGAGUACAGCAUUCAACUAUGACAUCAACGUUGAGGAGAUUGGGUGAAGAUAUACUCAAAGGAGUAGUAACUAAGGGAAUUCAGGAUAAUUCUUUAGAUCAUUCUGUGGAAAAUAAGCCAAAAACAGCUGUUUUCUUUAAAAGUUCCAAUUUACCAUUGCGCUUCUUAUCAACCUUAAUUGUUCUUAAAACAGUCACUCAAGCUGACUAUCUGGCUCAGGCUUUUGAUUCUCUCUGCAUGGAUUUGAAGACAGAUGAAGGAAAAAUCUUGUUUUUGAAGUAUGAAGCUGUUCCAGUUGUCUUAAGUCAUCUCAAAAUAUCCAGCAAAGGACUCCUAUCCAAUGUCAUUGAUAGUUUGCUUCAGAUGACAGUAGAAUCUC